UAGUGUGUCAAAAGCUUUCGGGAAGUAGGCUAUUGCGCUUCAAUGAAAAGGAGACGCUAAAUAAUCCGAAAAUGCAACCUCCUCCCAGAAAGGUGAAGGAGACCCAGCAGGUGAAGAUGGCCUUUGCGGAGCAAGUGGGGCGGCUGCAGAGCAAACAGCAGCAGGAGGUAGAACUGCUGGAGGACAUCAGGUCCUUCAGUAAACAGCGUGCUGCCAUAGAACAAGAGUACAGUCAGGCCCUCCAGAGACUGGCCAUACAGUUCCAGAGGAAAGACUGGCAAAGAGGCAAGGGAGACUCUUUGAACUCUGGGAGUGUGUUUGCUGUGUGGAGGUCUCUGAUUGAGGCCACGGCACAGAGUGGAGUGUGUCGUCUCACGGCGGCCGACGGAUAUCGCUCACUCACUGCCGACGCUCUGAAGAGCCUGAGGGCAGCCAAGGAGCUGAAGGCCAAGAGGGGUCUAGAGCAGCUGCAGAGAGUACAGGGUGAGGUAGUGGAUGCACUACGAGAGCUCCACAAGGUCAAGAAGAGAUACUACCAGCUGAGUCACAUGGCUAACGUGGCCAGGGAGAAAGCUGCUGACGCACAGGCCAAAUUCAAGAAGAGUGACCAUGGAAUUUUCCAUUUUAGGACAGGCUUGCAGAAAAUGAGUUCAAAGCUGAAUACCAGGCUGAGGGAGUGUGACCAGAGACUGACAGAGGUGCGUAAUGAGUACCUUCUAACACUGUCUGCCGUCAACUCUCAUCACCAAUACUACUACACUGCAGAGCUGCCUGCCAUCAUGAGGAGACUGGACAGUGACCUGUAUGAGCAAAUCCGAGAACACUUCACUCUCUUGUGCUGCACAGAGAUCGACACCUGCCGGUCAACGCAUAGUAACUUUAGCAAGAUCUGCGAGAACUACACCAAGGUGUCUAGAGAACGGAACAUCCAGAUCUUCCUCCAGGAGUUCCCGGUCUUCACCAGAACAGCCGGCUUUCACUUCCAGGUUGCCCCUAAAGACCAGGUGUGCAUUCUGAAGCAACAUAUCUCCAGUGCUGAGGGGGAGAGCUGUUUGGACAAGGAGGCCCGCAAGUGGUCUGCUAAGGCUGCCAAAGACUACAAGAUCAUCUCACACGGAGAUAGGGCACUGCAGAUGCUGGACAGGCGUUUCAAACUGCUGUCAGGAGACACAGGAGUCAGCGUGGAACAGAAGAUGGUGGGGGUGAAGGAGAGUGUGAGGAAAGCACAGGUGAGCCGGGUGAAGGCGGAGUCCAGGCUGGCGCUGCUGGCGUCGGCGGGGGUGGACGUGGAGCCAUGGGUGAGCAGUGCUAUGACCCAGGCAGACGAGGAGCUGGAGAGGGACAGGAGGCUGAGCGAGGCACGCAUGUCCAACGGAGAUAUCUCCGAGGACGAGUUUGAGUUCACAGACUUCGACGACUACGAUGAAGAUGGUGACACUUUCAUCGAUUCAACUUCCUGCUCGGUGCCGUGUGGAUACCCCUUGGCUUGCAUGGUUCUCUACAGCUAUCAGGCCUGCCAAGGAGAUGAGCUGUCAAUCACAGAGGGAGAAGAGCUUCAGGUGAUAGAGGAUGGAGACAUGGAGGACUGGCUGAAGGCCCGUAAUGCAGCAGGCCAGGUUGGCUACGUCCCUGAGAGGUACCUGCAGUUCCUGUGGUCACCAGGAGAGGGCUCCUCUGUCUGCCUGGCGCAGGGCUUCCCUUGUCCCCAGCUGGACUGGUCCUUCAACAGUUCCAGCUCCUCAUCAGAACAUUCCAAGAGGCAGCAGGGCCGCUCCCCUCACUCUGGGGGUCUGGCACGGGCUCUGUUUGAGUACCAGGGCCAGGGUCCAGAGGAGCUGUCCUUCCCAGAAGGGGCGGUCAUUAGGCUGCUGCGCUGCCGCCAGGGGGAGGUUGACGACGGCUUCUGGGAGGGAGAGCUGGACGGACGCUUGGGGGUCUUUCCUUCUCUGGUGGUGGAGCUGCUGGGGGACGGGGAGAAAGAGGAGGAAGAGGAGAGCCUUCCCACCCCCACUCUUCCUCCAUUCUCUCCACCCAUCCCUAUUUCUGGAACCCCCUGCAGUCUCCUCUGCUUCUCAUCUGGCCCUGGGUCCUGGUCUGUAAACAGUACGCCCCCUAAGGACCCGGAGGACAGGUUGCAGGCUUCUUUCUCACUGAAAUCACAGAGCCUGUCAGACAGCAGGGCAGAGAGUGCAGGCAGCACACACAGCUCACCUGACCUCUCAGCUGGAAGAAUACGACCGACAAGGGCUCCCCCUCUUCCCCCGACUCAGAGACACUCCCCCAUGCCCUGAGGAAGCAUGUGUGGGGGAGUGUUCAGAAGAGACAGAGUGGACACCACAGGAGAGUCUUGUGGUGCACACCCUCACCGGGACUUGUACAGUAUGUAGCUACCAGGUGAGCUUUGUCUCUUCCUGACAGGCUACACUAUUUUUGAAAGUUAGUAUUCUUGUAUUGUUUACGUGAUAAUAUGUCAAAAAACAUGGAUUCAUCUGUCUCUGAGCUUCAGGGACAUCGUUCACCAGUUUUCAGAAGUAUUAAACUAUCUUGUAGGAAGUGAUGUUUAUCAUUUGCGUAUGAUAAAGAUACAGGGUUAUUUGAGAUCCUGUAGAAUUAAAUGUUCAGUAUUGCAGUUCAAAUAAGCUUGUGCCUGAUGCUUUUUUUUGCUUGCAUGAUAAUAUACUGUAUUAAUUAUACAGUAGUAAACCACAUAUAAUAUACUGUAUUAAUUAUACAGUAGUAAACCACAUAAUAUACUGUAUUAAUUAUACAGUAGUAAACCACAUAUAAUGCACCGUAUUAAUUAUACAGUAGUAAACCACAUAUAAUAUACUGUAUUAAUUAUACAGUAGUAAACCACAUAUAAUAUACUGUAUUAAUUAUACAGUAGUAAACCACAUAUAAUAUACUGUAUUAAUUAUACAGUAGUAAACCACAUAUAAUAUACUGUAUUAAUUAUACAGUAGUAAACCACAUAUAAUGCACUGUAUUAAUUAUACAGUAGUAAACCACAUAAUGCACUGUAUUAAUUAUACAGUAGUAAACCACAUAUAAUGCACUGUAUUCAUUAUACAGUAAUAAACCACAUAUAAUGCACUGUAUUAAUUAUACAGUAGUAAACCACAUAUAAUGCACUGUAUUAAUUAUACAGUAGUAAACCACAUAUAAUGCACUGUAUUAAUUAUACAGUAGUAAACCAUAUUCUACAUGUCAUGUUCUAUUUCCAUGAGAACCAGAAUCAAACAUGGACACUGAGAUGUAUUAAACAAUCUUCCUGGUGUGUUUGUGCUUGUUAAUAUCUUACCUCGGAAUUACAGGAUGGUUGAGGUAUCAGAACGAAAUGCUCUAACAGUACCACAUUGGGUUAAGUCCACCUCAACAAUUAGUCAUACGAACAACAAAGGUCAAAUGCAUAGCUUUAAUAUAUACUUAGUUUGAUUCCUUAAGAAUUGUUCAUUGUACAGCUGCAUUUUCACAUUUGAGAUGACUCAAAUCAUCAGGUUGUUGAUUAAUAGUAUGCAUAUAAUAUAUAUGUUUUCCUCAUGAGUUAUUUCCAGCUUCGGUCAAUGAAGACACAUGCAAUAUAUGAUUCUAAGGCCAUUACAAACACAUUUAAAUAUAUUUUACACUCAAUGGACACAGUGUAAGACUAAGGAGUUAGAUCAUUACUGUGAACUGAUAAUGCAUGUAGCAGCCAUGACCAGCAGAGGAGACCACAUCCUGGUAACACAUACAGGAAACGAUUCCUGUAUGUGACGAUUCCUUCGAUUCCUGUAUGUGACGAUUCCUUCGAUUCCUGUAUGUGACGAUUCCUUCGAUUCCUGUAUGUGACGAUUCCUUCGAUUCCUGUAUGUAACGAUUCCUUCGAAUCCACAAAAAUAAUACUUUGGUGUGCUUUUGUUUGCCAGUUAAUUUGAAAACAUGAAAUCUUCAUUGAAAUCAGUCAUAUUCUGUGCUUAGCAGAGCUAUAACCAGAUAUAGUACCAUUCACAUAUGGCGUUACAGUACUGUUCGCUGGUGAAACAUUUAUGACUGUGACAUACAGUCAGAUAUAUACAGUAGUAAGCUUUUGAUUUCUUGACCAUUUCACAUCUAUGAUGUAUAUUAAAGUAAACAUGUCUAAUGCAUAUAAACGCCA